GUAUCGUUAUCCCCCGGCGUACGUCGGCUACCAUAAGCCAUUUCCGGAUGGACGAGUUAGCACCCAUGCGGGUGAGAAAUCUAGGCCAGACCCAUUGCUGCCGGUUAGCUUUCGAGUCUCGUUCUUAUCGGUCGCGGCAUUACGCAAAUGCGGACGAAUGCAGCGCUGUCGCGAAGUUUUCGAGAAACGAAAAUGAAAGCGUCGAACAAUGCGAGUGAGCGGACGCGAGUCCACGAGAGGGCACACAUCCGACUCAUAAAUAAUCAUUUAUCGAGAUAAGUUCCUUUGUUCCGAUCAGCCAUUAAACGAACAGCCAUAUCCCUUUCGAUGAUACUACUGAACGUAAUGUUGGACAUCGCGGGGUGUUGCGCAAAUUGCGCGAAUUAAGAUAAAUAAAGGCCUGUGCGGGGAGGAAAUCCGUAUAUGAGAAAAUCGCGACAAACGUAGUGCAAGUCGCUUCCGUAUUCCGCGCGAGUAUUACGAAAUCUUGUGCAUUGCUCGCGGCGACCCUUUACCCCCGACACCAGGAUAUAUGUCGGCCGUCCGGGAGACGAUUCGCGAAAUUGGACUUAGGAAAGAUCAGCAAUCGUCCGUGUGUCGUGACUCAAUUUUCAAGCGGAGGAAUGCGCCCCGGUUUCAACGGGGGACUUGCGCCAUUUCAUCGCGCGAUUUUUUGAAAUUGGAGCCAGCCAGUUCGCGGCGAGGCGCCUCUCCUGGUUUCCAUCUUGGGAUCUCGUGCCGCGAUACCGUGUUAUUCGAGUCACGAGUCGAGUAUCCCAGACGAGCAGCUUCCGUCUUCCUCUCCCCCAUCUUCUCUUCCCGAUUUCUUCGCUCCCCGUCGCGACGACGACCUCACGACGGACGGUUCUCGUCCCGAGAUUCCGCUUGACUCGAAAAAAAAGCUGAUGAGGAAACUUUCGAUCUCCUACUGCGACGAUUCGAUCGUUGCACCGUGCUGCAUCGUUUGCGCCAGAAAUUUCAAGUUUCCUCGCGGUGCGGACGCGCCAAAAUUUCACGCGUAAUCUUCGUGGCUUUCGCGUUCCGGUUGGCGGUGCAUAUGGAAGCAUGCUGCAUGCUGCAUGCUGCUGCAGAACUCGUUACUGCGAGAUUCGGAGUGGAAGCGUUGUACAUUGCAGCGAACAUCACUUACGUCACUUUCUCGUUACGGCAUUUCUAAUUUUAACCUUUUCAUUGAAAAUCUUUUUUUUUCUUUUUUAAUGAAAACUUCAGUCGAGACGCGUGACGCGGAUAUCUCGUCCUGCGCGUGUCUUUCACCUGUGCCGUGAGGUCUCUCUACCCGCUGUUGGAGGAGAGAAAGAGGGAGAAACGCGAGUGAAAAAAAGAGCAGGAGCAAUCGGGCGCAAUGGUGGGAGCAAUGCCGUCGACGGUGGGCCUGUUUGGGCCUUACGUCGUACUCGGGAGGGAGGGCGAGAGGGGCGAUGGACGAGCGCGAUCGAGAUCUUCAGUAGGUCACUGGGACGUGGCUCGUGGCCGAGACGAGUGUGGCUCGCACCUUCAGUCGGUCCCCGUCGGCCAGGAAAAUCACCUCUGGGCCCGUCGAAUCCUUGCGGUCGCACACGAGAGCACGACGGUAAAAAAAAAAGUAAAAGAAAAAAAAAGAACGAAGCGAAAAGCGCGUAGCAGCGGGCCCGAUGAGGAUCGACUGACGCGAGUUGUUGGAGCCUUCCCGUUGCGGUCGGUGCAUUCGCGGGUUCGUUAAGGGGGAAAAGCAGGUGGUUUUCGCGGGGGGAUCGUCCAAGUGAUCGCGGGUUUCUUCGAUAGAACGAGGCGCCCAGGAACCGGAAGAACACGCAACGAGAGAGGACACGCACAUGAUGGAGAGGACGUGGCGGAAUAUAUGGAAGACAGCUUUUCUCUUAUUGCUGCCCUUACUAUUGGCCGGUGUACGGAGUGAAGCACCGUUGGUCGACAGUAGCGCGUUACCUUUGGAACACAGAUCUGUCUAUGGGGCCCCGGCUCAGUAUGGCCCACCGAUCGCCCACGAGGAGAACUGGCCGCUGGCGUCGCCCGACACUCCACAAAUCAAGCAUCUGCAGGUGCAGUGCGAGAAAACGCACAUGCGAGUGAACAUCGAGUUCGAUCGGCCGUUCUACGGUAUGAUCUUUAGCAAGGGCUUCUACUCGGAUCCGCACUGCGUCCACUUGAAGCCCGGCACCGGCCAUCUGAGCGCGACCUUCGAGAUCUUCCUCAAUUCGUGCGGCAUGAGCUCGUCAGCGAACCAUAACGUGGCUGCUUACGGCGCCCCGACGCCGUCCGGUAGCUACGUAGAGAAUACAAUUAUCGUGCAAUACGAUCCGUACGUGCAAGAGGUGUGGGAUCAGGCGAGGAAGCUGCGCUGUACUUGGUACGACUUUUACGAGAAAGCGGUCACCUUCAGGCCGUUCCAGGUCGAUAUGUUACAUGCCGUCACCGCCAACUUUCUCGGAGACAACCUGCAGUGUUGGAUGCAAAUACAGGUCGGCAAGGGUCCUUGGGCCAGCGAGGUGUCCGGUAUCGUCAAGAUCGGUCAGACUAUGACGAUGGUACUGGCUAUCAAAGACGACGAGAACAAGUUCGAUAUGCUGGUGAGAAAUUGCGUCGCUCAUGAUGGCAAGAGGGCGCCGAUUCAAUUGGUCGAUCAGUACGGUUGUGUGGUCAGGCCGAAGAUCAUGUCCAGGUUCCAGAAGAUCAAAAACUUCGGACCAAGCGCAUCCGUCGUUAGCUUCGCCUACUUCCAGGCUUUCAAGUUCCCCGAUAGCAUGAACGUCCACUUCCAAUGCGUGAUUCAAGUCUGCCGAUACAAUUGCCCCGAGCCCAAGUGUGGACAUCCUGGUCUCGAGUAUGGCGCACCUGCCGGAGGCAUUACUCACGAAUAUGGCGCACCGGUCUCGCAAGGUCUUUCUUCGGAAUACGGUGCUCCGCCUGUGCCCGAAUACGGUGUACCGCCAGCGGCUUAUCCUGAUCCGCGACAUCCCAGCGGACCGGCCGGAGCGUACAGUGAACCAAAUCCGGACGUGGUUCCGGCGCCACAAGCACAGACCUCGUCCUCUUCGCCUAGCUCGACGCCGGGUGAUGCUACGUCGAGCAGCUCACCCCAAAGUCCCCAGGAUAAUAUCCAUCUCCCCCCGCCUCCUCUUCCCGGCCAUUCGGCGGCGUACCAGACUGUGAAGCGAAAAGGAACCGCCGGCAGCGAGGAGCUUGAAGGUGGUAAUCUAGCCAUCCUCGGAGGUCGACCGAGGUCGGUCGAAGGUUUCCCGGCUGAGCUCAGAGGCGCUAGGAGGCGAAGGCACGACGAGCCACAUGACCUCGAAGACGACGAUAGCAAUAUCUAUCACACGGUGACCUUGUUCUCCACCCACGUGUACAAACGAGCGGCGCAAGAGAUGACGGACGUGAACACCUCAAGGGUCAUCCAAGUGGUCGCGCCGGGCGACGUCAACUUCGCGCUAGGCACAACGAACUCCAGCAACGACACCACCGUGGUCAUACAGAACGCCAGUGCGUCCACCGAUCCGGAAACGAUCUGCAUGAGCCUGCCAGGUUUCGUGGGCGGUCUGGUGAUGCUGCUACUGGUGGUCGUGGUCGCCUCCCUCGUCGCGGCCUUCCUCUUCGUCAGGGUGCGCGCGGUGGAUCGCAAAAAUGCCGCGAUAGGCGGGACCAGCUUCGUUCAUCCGGUGUACGCGACCGAGAACUGCAGCAUGCCGAAUCCGGAGUUCGUGAAAGUCGCCAACUGAAGAGGCGUGUACGGUGCGCAAAAUCAAAAAAACUCACUGCAGGAGAGAAGGAAGUGAUCCCCCCUCCGAAGGAUCGUCGACCUCGGGCGACGCUUCGGGACCGGCACCGCGACGCUAUUUCAUCCGAAACGAAACUCUCGAAACACGUCACCACACGUCGGAGAUUCUCCUCGUCGAAAGUUGCAAUCGCGUUUCUCUCCUCUUUCUCCUCUUCCAUCGUGAUAGCCGGUAGGUUCGUGUCUAGUCUACUAGUCGCGUCGCUCGCGAAUAGCGAGGGAGACAACGAGGCUGAGAGGGCGAGAAUUCGAUCGAACGAGGAAGAACGAGGGGGAUCUUCGAAACGGAGUAGAAACGUGUAAAUAAAAAGAAGCCCGGAAGCUGACGAGCUGACGAUUUAACGAGCAAGUGGCGGAACGGAAGGGAGGGGAGGGGAGGGGAGGGGAGAGGAGCCACACUGACGCGCGUUCCACCGAUCGCUCGCGGUCGGAGUUAGCUUUUUCUACCAAUCAUCGCGAUCGAUGGUGCGCGCGCCACAGUGAUGAAUAUCGCGAGUCGAUCUCCGUUGACGCUUCGUGAUCACCGCGGCGUCACCGCGUAGCAAUCAACGUAAUUUUCACGUAAUUUCUCGACGAUUACUCGACGGUCUGCCCGACGCGGGCAGCUCGGUAUCAGGGAGCGAGAGAUCGAUCGCGCAAUCGCCAGAGUAGUCUCUAAGGAGGGCAUUGUAAAUAAGCCGCGCGGGUAGUCAGACGGCCCUUCAGGACCCGCUUUCAGCUCUCGCGUCUCUCCGAUCACCGUGUGUACGCGCUAUUAUUUAUACACGCAUCGUAUACUUCAACGAGUGUUUUUUCUUACCGCCUUCGUUGUACCUCAUCGCGUUUCGACGUGCCCCGUGCUGGCGACUUCCGCGGAGAACCGCGCGCGAGCUCGCGUCGCGACGCUCGACGUCAUACGCCGACGUCGGCGGCGGUGCUCGGUGGUGGUACCGUUAUUUCGCGUUCUUAAAUCUCAAGCGGUUCACCGAGCGCUCCCGGUAAACAUGUUUGUCCCGAAAUUGGGCUGCAGAGUCCUCGAAACGCAACGAGCCUCUGAAAGUUUAAUUUAGGGCGAGGAAUUGUGUGCCCUCUCCCUCUCCUCUUCCGCUCCCUCUCUCUCUCUCUCUCUUUCUCUCUCUCUCUCUCUCUCUUUCUCUCUCUCUCUCUCUCCCCUUGGAACGCUCGCUAAGCCGCUUAAGAUUUAACGAGAAGAC